CCCGCCCUCGCCCCCUCCCCCACCCGGCUCCUGUUGGAGCUAACGAGAAACAUCCCAGCCCCCGCUUUGACCACUUCCAAAAUGGCGCCGUGCUGGCUUCACGCCUUGGAGAAGCGCCAACAUGCGUUUCCCUCAACAAAGAUGGCGGAGAGGUCGCUCGCCUCGGCCGAGCCCUGCCCCAGGCUGCUGCUCAGGGAAGCCCGUCCCGUCCCGUCGCGGAGCGGCCCCCGCGGAGCAGCGCGGCUGAGGGCUGGCGGGCACCUCCAGGAGCCCGUGUCCGCACUCUCUCACGGAUCCGAGGGCUCUUGGCUGCGGGAACAACUUGGGCCGCGCCUGCACGGGGCAGCGCUGGGGCAGCGGGGCCAAGGGUCUGCCGCCCCCGGGGAAGGGGCACGGCGCCGCCGAGAGACCUGCGCCCCGAGGCAGGCGCAGCUGCGGAAGCGGGGAGGCUGCCGGCGGGCAGCGCGUGCGCGGGAGGCGCCCCGACGCCCUGAAGCUCUUCUGCCAGGCGGGCGAAGCCCCGUCCCUGGGCUGCGAUAGACCCGGGCGCGCGGACAUCGCUGCGGUUCCCGUCGGGGAGGCUGCCCGCUGGCACUGCGGGGCGGGGCAGGGCACAGCUGUCCCACGACCCCGACGGCUCCAGCUGCUCUGCAGUCGGGCAACCCCAUGUGUGAGCGAGCGAUGGGACCAGAGCCCGGAAGUGCUGCCAGAGCCACCCCUAGGGCACAGGGAUCGAGGCAGCCGUGCUUUUGCGGGGCCCACGGAGCUGGGCAGAGCGGCCGCAGCCCGCCCCACAGGGCGCGCCUGGAGCUCAGCCCCGCGCCGCGGAAGAAGCACGGAGCCCCCCGCUUUGCAGGCGUACCACAGCCCCACAGCAAGUUUUGUCCAAGACACUACCAACUUUCUACAGAAACUUAAAAGCAUAGACCACCCACCCAGCAACACCCUCCUAGCCACCAUGGACGUUACCAGCCUAUACACCAACAGCCCACACCAGGAUGGCAUUCAAGCCUGCCGUACAUAUCUACAGGAACAAGAUUACAACUCAGAAUACAGACCCAAAGAUAUUACUGUCCUUAUACACUUCAUCCUCACACACAACAAUUUCACUUUUAAUAACCAACACUUCCUCCAGACGAUGGGAACAGCUAUAGGCACUAAAAUGCCCCACAGUAUGCCAACCCUUUUAUGAGCCACCUGGAAGAAGACUUCCUCAAGAACUGCACCAUCAAACCCUUGCUAUACUUAUCAAUGACAUCUUCAUCAUUUGGACUGAAAACCUGCAAUCUCUGAUUGAGUUCCACCAGAAAUUCAGCAAUCCCCAUCCCCCCAUCCGACUUUCUCUAGAAUACUCCAGCACCAACAUCUCCUUUCUAGACACGAUGGUCAGUAUCCAGAAGGGUAAAAUACAGACCACAGUAUACAAGAAACCCACAGACCAACAUACAUAUCUGCACAGAACCAGCAAUCACCCGAAACACACCAAAAAACCUGUGAUAUACAGCCAAGCCCUCAGAUCCCACCGCAUCUGUACUGAAGAGCACACCCGGGAUCGCCACCUCACCAAUCUUAAAAAGGCUUUCACCCAGCAAGGACACUCCUCCAGAGAGAGAGAUCGCACGUUUGAAAGAGCCACCCGGAUACCACGUGAAGAAUUACUGCAGUACAGAAGAAACCCCCCCACAAAUCGCACACCACUGGUUAUGACAUAUCACCCCUCCCUUGAACCCGUACAGAAAAUCCUCAAACAACUGCAACCCAUACUAGAAAGAGACCCAAUUCUUAAAGAGAUCUUCCCAGAGCCGCCCAUCCUAGCCUUCAAACUAGCACCGAACCUCGCCAACCUCAUCACCAGAAGCAAACUUCCUCAAGCCCAGACCACACCAAAAGGAUCCAGACCGUGCCAGGACAAGAAAUGCAAAACCUGCCAACACAUCUCCACCACCCCCACUAUUACUACACCCCACAACAGAGCCAUCAGCAUCCCUGGAUCUUACAGCUGCACCUCCAGAAAUGUGAUAUAUCUCAUCCAAUGCACCAAAUGCCCUGAUGGAAAAUACGUGGGGAGUCCAGACAACAACUGCGCACCAGAACGAACGCACACCGGAAAUCCAUCAAAGGCAGGAAUACCCAAUCACUGGUGGGGGCACAUUUCUAACAAGAAAACCACUCUCUCUCCAAUCUUGCAGUCCCGAUCCUCAAAGGAAACGUACACAACACUUCCCACAGACGAGCCUGUGAACUCCACUUCAUCAGCCUCCUGGAUACUGAAUAUCAUGGACUAUAGAAAUUGGAUUGAUGACACAUUAUAACCUGCCUGACAUCUGACUCCCCAGGAGCGAAUCCAGAGCCUGAGGAAGCAGAGAGAGGAGCUGCAGGGGCUGAAAUGUGCAUGGGAGCAGGAGAGUAAAGAGCUCCUGAGGCAGACGGAGCUGGAGAGACAGCUGGUGUUGUCCGAGUGUGAGUGAGGGGCUGCACUAGCUCCUGGAUGAACACAAGUGCCUCUUGAUGGCCUGGCUGGGAGAGCUGGGCUUGGAGAUUGUGAGGAGGAGGGAGGAAAAUGCCACUGGCCUGUGCAAGGACACUGCCCGCCUGAGCGCCCUGAUCACGGAGCUGGAAGGGAAGUGUCAGCAGCCAGCGCCUGAGCUCCUGCAGGGUGUCAGAAGCACUGUGAGCAGGUACGUUUGGGUUUAAUUUCAUCCCUCCUGAUGCAUUGGCCAGGACUAGGCUGCGGCCUCAGCUGCCAGCUCUCGCCUGUGGAGCAGUCUCUGCUCUGGAUCCAGCCUCCACCAUCCCUGUGGCCCUCAGGAUGCUGCUGCCACCCUGUGACCCAGCUUGGGCAAGGGAUUGCCCCACAGUCCUGAGCUGAAUAAGCCCCUCCUGGUGGCCUGGAUGGGAUCUGGCCUCUGUAAUGGCUGCAAGUCUGUCCCAUGAAGGGCUUUGGGGUUUGUGGGGAGGGAACCAAAUGUUUUACCCCAAGCCCCAGUGGGAUAGGGUCAGUGGUCAGAGACCUCACCAGUGACCAGGCCCCUUGGAGACUGGGAAUGAGACUGAGGGCAGCUGGGCCUGGAGAAUGGGCCCCUCUUAGUCCAGGAGCAGCCCCUCCAUGCCUCAGAGAGGCCUGUGGUCAGGCCACGUUAAGGGGGCUCACUCAGGCUGCCACUCCCUGGCCUGCAUUUUCUCUGUGGAUGGGCCAAAGCCAGGGCCUGUUAGGGGUGUGAACAUCUCCAACCCCUGCACAGUCCCACUGGUACAAGCCAUACAGGAAACAGCGCUGCUUUGUUGGUGUGAGCUGUGGCCGCACAAGAAGGGUUUGCUGCCUGAGCUCUGCUGGAGCAACUCAGAUUGAAACCUGAGUACAAACAUCACCUUCCUGCCCCACAGGGCUGGGAGCCAGCAGGCUGUGCAGCCCCCAACUGGCCUGUCAGAGGCCCUACCCUGUGGCCUGAGCUCCUACCCAUUUCCUCUUGUGGCCUUGUGGAUGUGGGAACUUGGGGCUGAGGAUUGAGAAGAAUAAUUGCUCUGUGUCUCUCUACCUCUCUGCAGGGCUGAGGAGGUGAUGCCUCUGCAUCCAGCCCCCACGUUCCCUGGGCAGGACAGGAGAAUUGGGGAGAGCAAGCCGCAGGAGGCUCUGAUGAGAUUCCUGGGUAUGGGGCACUUCCAGGGCUGCUGUCUCAUUGUACUGGGGCAGAGGCAGGGGAAGGGGGAGAGGGUCCUGCAGGGGAAGCUGUGUUGGAGGAGAGCCCCAACAAGUGCAUCCCCAGUGUGGCAGAAGGGUGAGUCCUUCGGGAGAGUCUUGGCUGGUCAGAUGUGAGACAUUACCACAGAUGGAUUCAGGGCCAGAUCCUCAGUGCCCCAGGCCUCCAGGGAGGAUGUCUAAUUGAGCCCAGCUGAGCCCCGGGGACUCAGGCAGUUUGUGCAUUAGUUUCCAGCUUCAGCAGCUCUCUAGGGGAAUGGCAGCACCUGGAAGAGCUCUGGGACUCCUCCUUACCAGUGCCAAUGUUAAAUCAAGACCCCAGUGGCGACUACUGUGUGGCAGUCAGAGCAUUGCCCAUCCUUGUCAGUGGUGAGACAGGGCAGAGCUAGGCUCUGUGGGGAGGAGGCCUGGAGCGGAUAUAGAGCUGUUGCUAAACAGCCAGGUCUGUACCUGUCACUGUGAGAUGUCAGCAGCUGGAGACUCAAAUGCCCAGACACAUGGAGGGGCCAAGUGGGGGCUGCUGAGAAGGGGAGGCUGAGAACCGAGACCCCAAACAUCAGGGCAGGGAAGAGGAACAGUUGCACAGUGACACCAAACCCCACAGUGCUGCUGGAUGUGACACUGGGAUUUCCUCACCCAGACAGACCAGGGCCCCCUCUUCUGGGCCAGGCUGCUGAGGAUUGAGCUGCCCUGGGGACCCCCACUCUGGGACUCCCUGUGUUGGGAAUGGCUCAGUUCUCCAUCAGCUGCCGCAGGGAUCAGAGACCAAACACUGCAGCACUGACUCUUAUCUUGCCCCAGCUCCUGGGCAGUUUCAGGCGUUUGGGUAAGUAAGGACAGCAGGAUUUGUCCCAGUGUCUGCACUGGGUCAUGCUGCAGUGACUCUGCUGUGUGAAUUAUCACCUCUCUCUUUGCUGCUUGAUUCCAGAGUUCAGAAGAGCCCGAGGACACACAGGUGAGUGACCCUGACCCCAUAUCAGUGACCCCAGAGCCCUCCUUGGAGAACUUUGCUUGCUACAGCCACUGCUCCCACCAUCCUGGUGACCUGAAGGUGGGCUUUGUGACCAGCAAGAUUCAGUGCAUCCCUGCUGCAUUCACCCCUCACUGCUCCCAGCCCAGCACACUCUGUACGCCCUGGGCCCUGGACAGGGCUGGUCUCUGAGCCAUGUGAGAUCCCAGGCCCAGGGUGUUUUGGGAUUCUCAGUCGAUCUCCCUGGCACUGAGCCUUGUGCAGCAGCUUCUUCUGCUACGGUUGGUCUAUUCUGUCCAUGCAGUGCCCACACGCUUCCCAGAGCCCAGCAAGUGUCCUGGGCCUGCCUUGGGAGACCUGUGCCUGGGUCUGGGAAGAUCGAUAGGUCCAUCCUUAAGGGGCUUUGAUGCCCCAGGUCAGCAAUGUGGGGUGGGUGAACCCUGCUCUUGUGAAUGGGGCAGGCUCUGCAGGGAGACCUGGUGUUUCCCGCUCUUCACUGUGCAAUACUUGGAGGGCAGAAGACCACUGUCCCAGCAGUGCCCCUGGUCUUGUCUGCAUGGGGUGUUCUUGGCCCAGUGCAUGACUCCAGUGCAAACCCCUGGAACAGAUGCACUGCCUGGGAGUGAAUGGAGAUUUGCCCCUGGGGCAGCUGAGCCCACGGAGAGGGGGCAGUCAGUGGGGAAAUGCCCCUAGCCCCCUCAGUAACCCGCACUCAGCAGUGGGCUCUUGUGCUUGGUUCCAGUUGUCUGGGCUGGCUCGAAAGAAGUGAGCACAGCCCAGAUGCAUGACCCUGCCCGGGGCUCUGUGGAGCGAGCAGUUGGCUCUGCCAGGGCUGCCCUGGCUGCAGAGCCAGCAGCACUUGGCAGACUGCAGCCAGAGGAUCAGAGACAGGGCUCCUUUUAUUAGACCAACUAUUUAUUUGGUGUAAUAAAAGAUAUUGGAUUUACCCCCAAGACCUUGUCUACCCAUGUCCUUGGACCAACAUGGCUACAACCAACACCCCCAAGGAUGGAGAAACAUUUGGCUUCCCAGACCUGAGCAGAGAAAAGGCGCCCCUUGCCGAGGGGCUGGGGUGAGCUGGGGUUCGGCCGAGGGCAGCAACCACAGGGACCUUGGUUUUGCUUUUCCAGACUGGAGGCAGGAGCCACAGUUGUGCCUCUCCCAGAACAGCCGUAGGAAGGAGUGGGGUUACAAGCAUCUGUCUCUGACCCUGCUCUUGUAGCCACCCUGGGACUGAGGCCAGUCUCACAAGGGAGGUGGCCUGCAACUGGGCCCCCUGUUCCCCCACAGCCCGGCCCCCAUCCACUCCUCAGCCCCGGGAGCAGGGCCUGCCUCUCCCCUGUCAGGCCCCAACUCCAGCUCCCCAAAACGAGCACCUGCCCCGACACACAGACCCCAUGCAGGCAGCCCUGGGUUGGGCCGCGCUUGCUGCCUCGUUCAGGGCAGGAAACCCCCAUGGCCCAGACCCGCAUGCAGGGGUGGCCGUGUGGACAGGCUCCACUUGCAGCCAAGCUGCCUGCCCCAGUGAGGUGUGGGGGGUGCAGGGUGGGCAGCGGGGCUAGCCCCAGUCCUGGCCCUGCCUGCAGGUCCUCCUGGGCACAGCAGAGGUGGCUCCUGUGUGAGCACCUGGGGCACAGGAGCAGCAGCUCCUCUGCCCUUAUGUGGGGGCAGGUAUGUGGGCUGGGGGCACUUAGGGAGUUGGGGAGAUCGGGGGGUGGGGGUGCUGCUGGCCCAGCUCACCCAAGCUCCCUCCAGCACAAGGAAUUGUCCCCCCUGCCCUAGACACUCCCUGACUGCAGGGACGGUGGGCUGGGCAGAGGUUUCUUGUAUCCAGAUGAGUGGCAGCAAGCAGAAGUGGUUGGGGUUGUGGGAAGGGUUUUGCUCAUGUGGGGCUUGGCAGGAGGCCAGGCUCAGCCACAUGUGAACAGCCGCUUCUUUGGACAGCACUUACUAGGAAACUGGGACCCAGAGGGUUCUCUUGGCAGAGCUUCAGGGCCUGGCGUGUGCUUGCGGGGCCUUUGCUUGGCACCUGUCCUGGGGACAGUGGGUCUUGCCUUGGCACAGGGGAAAGCCCAGAGGUGAAGCUCAUUCCUCUCCCUGGCCGGGGAUUCCAAACCCAUUUAAUAGAUUCAUAGACUGUAAGGCUGGAAGGGACCUCGGAAGAUCAUCGGGUCUAGCUCCCUGCACAAGGCACUCUGGAGCCAGGGGCGCCAUUCACGGGGGAGG